UGCUCUGAGAAAGGUUUGUACCCAAUAAGUAAGCCCGAAGAGGCUUGUUUGCUUGGUGAUGCCAGCAGAUAAGCCUGGCAAACCUCGGUGUGACUGAAGAAGCCAGUUUGAGACUCAGCCUAGCCCAGGCGAGCUACUGGACCCUGGCUGUGCUCAGCGAACCUUGGCACGAUGGUGUUCACAUAUUGGAAGGCCUUUCUGAUCCUAAACUGCCUUGCAGGUCCAGUUAGUGGAGUGCAAGUGACCAUCCCAGACAAUUUUGUGAAUGUGACUGUUGGAUCUGAUGUCACUCUCAUCUGCACCUACACCACCACUGUGGCCUCACUGGACAAUCUUUCCAUCCAGUGGACAUUCUUCCAUAAGGAGUCACAGCCAGUUUCUAUUUACUAUUCUGAAGGUGGACGAGCUACAGCCAUCGGGCAAUUUAAAGAUCGCAUUGUAGGGUCCAAUGCUCCAGGUAACGCAUCCAUCACUAUUUCGCAUAUGCAACCAGCAGAUAGUGGCAUCUACGUCUGUGAUGUUAACAACCCCCCUGACUUUUUCGGCAAAAAUCAAGGCACCCUCAACGUCAGUGUGUUAGUCAAACCUUCCAAGCCCUUUUGCAGCAUCCAAGGAAUACCAGAACCUGGCCAUCCUAUAUCUCUUACUUGCCUCUCUGUGCUUGGAACACCUUCCCCGGUGUACUAUUGGUAUAAACUUGAAGGAAGAGACAUCGUCCCAGUGAAAGAAAGCUUCAACCCAGCCACCGGGAUUUUGUUUAUUGGAAAUCUGACCAAUUUUGUACAAGGUUAUUACCAGUGCACCGCUAUCAACAACCUUGGCAAUAGUUCCUGUGAAAUUGACCUAACUUCUUCACAUCCAGAAGUUGGAAUCAUCGUCGGGGCCUUGGUGGGUACCCUAGUAGGUGCUGCCAUUAUCUUCUCUGUGGUGUGCUUCGCAAGGAACAAGGCAAAGGCGAAGCGGAAGGAAAGGAAGAGAAAUUCUAAACCCACCACAGAACUCGAACUAAUGACAAAGAUAAACCAAAGUACAGAGUGUGAGACAAUACCAGAUGAAGAUAUCAUCCAAACAGAAGCAACUCUGCCACCUUCCAUCCAUGAGGCUGAGCCUAAUACCGCCCUGUGGCCAGAUCACAAGCCUAUCCCCAAGCCUGAGCCUGCCUUGCUGGAGCCGGCCUCAGGGCCUGAGCUUGCCCGGGCGCCUGAGCUUGAGAUCAAGCUGGAGCCACAGCAGGAACCGGAGCCCUCGAUUGUAGUUGAGCCCUCCUGUGACGAGGGAAAGGGGGUGAUUAAGACAUAGGCCGGUGGCCUGAGUACAGUCUUCAUCACUAAGGAACCCAUUACCGGCGUUUGGAAUUCAGUUGACCUAACUAACCCACCACCUCCCUCCAUUCUGACCAACCCUCUUCUAACAAGGUGCUCCUACCAUCAAUCCAAAACAGACAGGUCAAGAUAACUACUAAAUAAAUGCAAGGGUUCCUGCAUUACCAGUAUAGAGUACUUACAAUUUGACUAACAUGUAAACACAACUAAUGAAAUGACAAGUGAUUUUGAACUCAGUUGAAGGUGUUUUGCAACACCUGUGUCUUAUUUCAGACAAUCUUACUUCUCUAUUUCUAGCUACUCUUUGAGAUUCCACAUGCACACAUGACAAGGUGGCAUUAACUGGAUUCAAUAUUAUUUCUAGGAUUUGUUGUUGACAGAGCUUCCCUAUUCAUUUUCACAUUGACCGCUAAGAAAAGAAUUCACCAGCAUUAUCUCAUAGAUUGGAAAAAAAUUCCUUAAAAUUCCAGAGGGAAAUAAAGGGUACAUAUUAAUUGGUACAUAGCAUUUAAAACUAGGUCUUAAAAUUAAUGCUUCAUUUAUCAUAUUAGAUUUCCCAAAGAACCACCGGCUAUCCAAUAUCUGAGCACAGCAAAAUUUUAAAAUACCCCAAUUUUUAAAUGCAAAAUAACGUACAGGCAAACAAUUCCAAAUACACUUUUCCUUCAAUGAACACAAAAUAUUGAUAUUACAGGUGAUGUACAAUUUAGCUUUGAAUGAGCUAUUAUGUUGUCACACUGUCUGAUGCUAUCUACUUUGGAAGGGCCAGACUAGGAAACUGUUCUAAAUGAACACUUAAGAUCUAUUUUAGAUAAUCUGAACUAAUUAAUCUAUUUUACUGUUGGGAUAUUUCACAUUAAUAAAGAGAUAUCAUUCUUGUAUACAUGCUUAAUAUUAACUAAAAUGCAUUGAUAUCACUUCUUCUUCACCUGUUAUAAAGCUUUUCUAUUGAUCAUAUUUCACCCACAU